GGGGUCAUUGGUUAGGAUCGCGUUAAUUUUAGCCGUGGUUCUUUCUUUGUAAUUUUAGGUUGCCCACUUUUUAUCUUUCUAUGUGCGCUUUGCUGUUUGCCCCUUUACAACUGGGAAAACAUUACCGACUUACUCCAACUCAUUGAAAUCACCAGAAACAAGUUUUAACUCAAAGCCUUUUUGUUUUGUUACUAUUAAGCCAGCAUUUUAAAGGGAUUUAAGGCGUGGGUGGCUAGCUCCGGGAUUUUUCUCUAUGUUGGUCGGCGGAGGAGGAGGGUUUGGUUUGGCUUGCCAAGCUAGCGAACGACAUUACGCAGGCUGAUUAAACAAGUUUAAAUGGUUGUUAAAGUGGACAAAGUUGCUUCAAACUUAAUUCGAGGAUAACUGCUGUUACGGUGCCUAAAAGCUGCUUCAGUGAGAGAAAACGCAGAAAAAGGAUAACAGAGGAAAUCCCCCGAAAGGAAAUGCCAAUCGCAACCGCUGGCCAGCCAACGACCCAGGAGCCUAGAGUUUGCCCCCGGCUGCCCUCCACCCCGGAGCCUGUCCCUAAAGGAGCUGAUUUAUUUGACGAGGCGGGGGCGGCGGAGUCUGCGGAGCGAGUAGAGUACGGGGGCGCGGAGGGGGCCAGAGGACUCGGGGGCUAUAGUUACAGCCAGAGCGGCGCUAGGGGGUUUGUACAGCCCAGAUCGACUAACGGCUCUCCGCCGCAGUCCCCAGCCGCGUCCUCCUCUUUUCUUUUCCAUCCCCUUCACCCACACCAAAUGGCCAUGGAGCCCCCAAGGACUCGAUCGCGUUCUCGGUCUGGAUAUUACCAGCAGUAUGGUGGUGGGAAUGGCAAUGGAAUAACCGGCAGCGGAGUAAUGGUAUCUAACCCUCACCACCAACAUCAGCAGCAGCAACUACAUCCACAGCAGCAGCACGGUGCUGGCUGCGCACCCCUUGGAGCUCACAGCAACCACUCGGAGAACCAGCAGCGAAACCCAGGAAGCAACGCUUCUCCCGGCAUCCAGAGGCUUUCCUCGGUUCCCGGAGCGCACCACAUCCAGGCGGCAGGAGCCUCUAGUGGGGCCUACCACUGCCACCCAGACCAUACAUAUGGAGAGGAGAGUGAUAAGAGUGAGGAAAGCCCCAGUCCAAAGCGCCAGAGGUUGUCCAGUCAGUCUGUCUUGGAGCAGCUAACGUCAUCUGCUCCCCCACCAUCUACCCCUUCUCCCCCUAUCCGCCCCUGGGAGUCUGGACCUCCGAGUCGGAGACAACCUCACCCCCACACACACUACCACCAGGAGAGAUGCCUCACCCCUGCUCGGCACAGACGCAGCCCGCCAGCAAGGCGUCAGCGUGGCCGUCUCUCCAGAUCUGCCCGUUACUUGCCUCCCCAUCACCACUCCCCCACCCAAGUCCCCACACCUCGCCUGUCACCAUCAGAACUCCAGGAUGAAAACUACCAGCACAACCCCCAUCACUCCACACAGCAGACGUACCCAACACACACUCCCAGCACAUACAUUCAGCCCCCCACAGCAGGCACCGGAGGGGCUGGUUCAGAGGAGCCUCGAGCUUUCCACCCACCCACCUUGUCGCCACGGCUACUGCAUCCAGCUGCUCAUCAUCACCAUCAUCACCACCACCAUCAGCAGCAGCAGCAGCAGCAUCAUGCAACGCAACAGCAGCAAGGAGCCAUGGUCAUGGACUUGCAUGAACAGCUUCAGCAGGGCAAUGUACCAGUCUCCUACACAGUGACCCCAGUCCCUCCCCACGGUCUUGCAGCACCUUUGUGUAGUGGUCAGCACCUUCCCCCUACCUGUUCAUCACAACAACCGGUUCCUACCUGCAGUGUGGUUUUCAGCACUGGCCAGCACUACCACCCGAUGCUACAAGCCUGUUCAGUGCAACAUUUGCCCGUACCCUAUGCCUUUCCCUCGCUGAUGUCCAGUGACCCUCAGUUCUUGCUUCCUCCUCCACCCCACCUCUCUCACCACGCAGCCCAUCUCACCACACCUGGGCAGUUUCUGCCUUUCCAGACGCAACAAUCUCGAUCGCCGUUACAGAGGAUCGAAAAUGAGGUUGAGCUUCUGGGAGAGCAGCUUUCAGUAGGUGGAGGUUUCAGCUAUGCCCACCAUCACCACCAUCACCACCAGCCUCCUUCCACACUGCCACCCUCCACACCACUCCAGUUCCUAUCGCACCAUGACCCUUUGUCACAGGAGCUCUUUACAGUUCCCUAUCCCCACUUUAUGCCUCGUCGAUUAACAAGCCGGCGAUACCGCUCUCAGCAGGCGGUACCUCCAUCACCCUACCACCCGAGCUUCCUGCCGUACUUCUUGUCUAUGCUUCCUGUGCCCCCAAAUGUGACCCCCACCAUCAGUCUAGAGUUGGAUGUGGAUGAUGGAGAGGUUGAGAACUAUGAGGCCUUGUUGAACCUCGCAGAGCGUCUAGGAGAGGCCAAGCCACGUGGUCUAACUAAGGCAGAUAUAGAACAACUUCCAUCAUAUAGGUUCAAUCCCAACAACCAUCAGUCUGAGCAAACACUGUGUGUGGUGUGUAUGUGUGACUUUGAGUCUCGCCAGCUCCUAAGGGUCUUGCCUUGUAAUCAUGAGUUCCAUGCCAAAUGUGUAGACAAGUGGCUUAAGGCUAACCGGACCUGUCCCAUCUGCCGAGCUGAUGCCUCUGAGAUCCAGCGGGACUCUGAGUGACUCGUAUCUACACCCAACAUCCACAAUGCCUCACUCCCUUCAACUACUCCCUUUUACCAAUCAGUGAAUUUGUCUCCCUUUCCACAUUCGGCCACAUAACUGGGACCAGUGCUCCUUAUUCCUUCAGUCUUUGUCCCCCAGGACAGCGAGCAGUGAUUGUCACCUGGGAUCAGCAUUUAGGGGAGUGAAAACCUUCUACUGACUAAAGCUCACUUAGUUGCUGGACUUCAUAGGCCUUCUCUUUUGGACUAUUAAAGCUCUACUACUCUGCCUUCUGCUCAUGGUCACUUGUUUCUAUGACUAGCCUUUGAAACACAUACACACAAUGUCGUGCAUUUGGACAAAUGUAUGUGUAGUUUUUAACUCAUGAGCCCUUCAAACUCAUGCGACCUCUCCAGUCUUCUACCUGAUGGACAGAGAAAAGACUGGUUUGAAAACCUUCUGUAUAGUUGUGUUAAUAGACCCUAAGGGAGAAUUGGCAAUCCAAAGAUUAUGAUCAUUUCAUUGUUGUUAUUCUGAUUAUAAUUCAGCAUUCGCAUCUUGGCUUGCAGAGACGGUUGUGUUUACCUGACGCAUUAUAAUUACAAUUGAACGGAAUCGGUCCAUUUUAAUUUCUGUAUGUGUAUUCUUGCAUUCCACAGUCUGCGUGGGGUGGAACACAGAUCCUGCACAUGUUGUGUGUCAAUGAGCGAGUUACUUUGGAGCAGUGAAAAAAAUACUUUAUUUUCUCUACAUGUGUGUCUGCAUAUGUGUGUUACUCCUCCUGUGGUAUUAGUACAGUUCAUGUGGUACCGUCCUGUUCCACGACCUGCUUGGGGAAGUUAAUAGUGCUCCAUUAUAUUUCUUUGUUUUUAAUGCAACCCAUCAUUGACAUGCUCUAGAACCUUGACUCCGCCACUUCAUGCCUACCUAGCUACAUUGUUCCUGUCUGAAAUUAGCAAAGGGUCUAGGCUUUUGAGACAUGAACUGUGACACAGUAUUUCCUAACUGUAAUUAAACAAAUUUAAUACUAUUUAUCUCAGUCUUGAUGUCCACUAAGCUCUCAAGGCAUAUUAUGUGACAACAGUUAGGUCUUAACAGUGUCGAGCAGGUGGAUGCAAAACAUUCACUCAAACAUCACCAAAACCUCUCUAAUGCUAAGUUUGCUAGCUUUCUUAUAGGAAUUAGGCCUGUGAAAACGUGUGUCAUGAUAAUGAAGCAACUUACUGUAAGUUUUGGCAGAUAUAAAUUGAAUGUUUUCUCUGUCACUAACAUGGGACAAGUUUAUAGAGACUUAUAAGGUCACAGUUAAAUCUAUGUUUCACCAAAUGGUGGAUCAGACACUGCAGCACUUUAAUAGGUAGAUUUAAGACCUACACUCUCUUCACAAUCCACUGAUGUGUUUCCAACAGUCACUGUGUUUAUGUGAACAAACAGUUGAAUGCAUUAAAACCUACAUGUUCUCCAGUUCAACUUGUAGCACCUACAGUAUCUCAGCACGUUAACCCUUCUGUAUUCUCACUGAGCAUCUAUUCAUUUCCAGACAUUUUGACUCUUUCUUAACGAGACUUUAUCUCUGCUAGGCCUAUGUCAGCAUGUCAUAAAGUAACUUCAAAGUGUUAACGUCGUUAACGACAGAGCAGCUUUUCUAAUGCCAUUUUUCACAACUGAUAUUUUCUGUUAGGAUGACAGCCUAACAUAGGCCUUAGAGAGAUUUCUUAGAUACAUGUUUAGUUGGAAAAGUUCAGCCAGGCGUUUCUGGUAUCAUAUCUGAGAUACCUUUUAUAAAACUUCAGUUUCUAGGUACAACCUGUAUCACCACAUCAGACCAAUACAUUUGUUCCAAUCUGUUUUCAGUGCAAACCAAGUGUAUCGGUGUCAAGGACGAACAUUCAUCUGUGUAACUCGGACUCAGUGUUGUUAUUGUAUAAAGUUAUGUAAUAGCCAUGGGAAUGGAGGGAAGUUAUAUUUUUUGUCAUCCUUUCUUUUCUUUGGGGUCAAAGGUCCUAUUUGUGACUGUAUGCAUACAUUGUCUGUCUUAGGAUUGUUUUUGUGUUGGUACACUAGCAAUUACCUCAGUUCCCACUAUUUAUCUUUGCAGAAAAUGGCACCACCAGUGUGAUUAGUGCGUUUCCGUUCAUUUUGCUAAUCUUUCCCAUGCAAGCUGUUGAGUUGUUUGAAUAUUUUUCCUUUAAACUAUGAAAUUCUAUCAUUAAAAUGGUGUCAUAGUUUCAUCAUGUAUUAUAUCUGUAACCAAAAUCAUUUGAAGGUCUGUUAUGAUAAUGAAAUUUUUAACAAACAUUUGUACAUU